GAGUGUCACCGGAUGUUAUUGGUGACGCAUCUUUUAUCAGCUGAUGUUUCCGAAGGCGUGGCCUUCCUGUCUGGAUUGACAGGAGGAUGUCUUUGUCGAAAGCAGCUCUCAUCAACCAAAUAGUAGAGAAGCUCAGUCUGGAGGAGUGUAAGCGUUUGUUGUACCUGUGUGGAGAGUUAUACACCGAGCAGUGCACCAGCAACGUCAAGGAAAUCCUACAAUCUUGCAUGGUCCAAGUACAAACAGAGGAGGCCUUUCUGAUGGAGCUGAUGCUCAGGAUGAGGCGGUAUGACUUACUCUUGAACGUGUUGGGCAUCAAUAAGACCAAGGCUGAGCAGCUUUUGGAAAACGGCCAUGCUCUGUCAGAUUACAGGGUGCUAAUGGCUGAAUUGAACGAGGACAUCGGAUCGGACGAUUUGGGGUCGUUAGUUUUCCUGCUGAGAGGCACCCUGCCUAAAGAGAAAGUGGAAAAGUUUGAGUGCUUCCUGGAUGUGGUCAUGGAACUGGAGAAGUUGGAUCAGAUCUCCAGCACCAGGAUGGACAUGAUGGUGAAAUACCUGAGAGCCAUCCACCGUGUCGACCUGGCCAAGAGACUCAGCCAGUACCAGAGCAGAGCUGAAACACAAAGACCUGCUGCAGUAAAUCCGAGAGAGGAGCGGCGGCCUUGUAGAGCCCCAUUGCCUCACACUUCAACUGCGUUUCCACCCACAUCCUGCUGUGAAAGGAAGCACACCACACCCUGCAUUAACACCAUAGUACCCCAGUGUGUCUCACCCAACAAAGCCUAUGAGCAGCGGCAGGAGGAAGUGUACUGGAUGCAGAGCGAGCCUCGGGGACUGUGUUUGAUCAUAGACUGUGUGGGGAAUGAAGGAGCCCACCUUGAGCAGUUAUUUUCAAGCCUUCACUUCCGUGUGAACCUUCACAUGCUCCUGAGCGUCAGAGAAGUCUUUUCCUGCCUGGAGGACAUCUCUAGACAGAUUGAGCAUUACAGCAUGGACGCCUUCGUCUGCUGCAUCAUCAGCCGUUCCCACUCAUCCCAGCUCCUCGGCACUGAUUCAUACGGUCAUAUGGGACUCCACCUGAACACCAUCCGUCAGCUGUUCAUGCCUAACUCCUGCCCGAGACUGACAAGAAAACCCAAACUGUUCUUCAUUCAAGGCUAUGAAAUCUCAGAGUCUUCAAAUUUCAUAGGGUUCUGUGAUUACGAGGAUGGAGAGCUGGAGACGGACAGCCCCGUCCACUAUCCCUGCAGGGUGGAGGAUGUGCCGGAGGAGGCAGACUUCUUCUGGAGUCACUGCUGGACUAAUGCAAAGCAGCUUGAGGACAUCGACCAUCACUCAGUUUAUUUACAGUCCCUGAAAGAGGCCUUAGUCAGUGGACAGAAGAGGAGGACUCAUCUGGUGGACCUGCACAUGGCGGUGAAUCGAGCAGUGUACACUCAUAACCACAGCCAUCCAGGAUCAGAAUAUCACAUCAAUCUCAGACACACGCUGCGGAAAAACAUCUAUCUUUCAUGAGACGUAUGUUCACCUAACGAGGCUCUGUAGUAUUUUUUAAUGACCAAAACACAGAGUGAACUGUGAUCAUUGCAGAUUGGGUUAAUUGUAUCAAUUAGGGUAAAUUUAGUUGACCAGUUGACUUAUAUCACCAAAAAAUUCUAAACUCUGGUGUUGCUUUGAGUUAGAGGAGUACGGUGAUCAUGUAGUGCUCUAUAGCCACAUGAGGGCAGCAUUGGACUUACAUUUAGUUUUAAACCUACUGACGUACGAAAGAACAUUUCAACAAAACAGUCGUAGCUUGUGAAUUUUUGUUCACAUUGUAAUUAGUCAUGCAACGUUACUGACUUUUUUUACAUUUAAAU